GUUGUGCUUUGCCGGCUGGUCUGUAGGGGUCGCUGCCGGGAGCUUAGGAAGGCCGGCGCGGAAGCGCCCGUAGGGACGUGAUGACGUUUUUAGAGCGCUUGGGGAGGGCGGCGGCGCGUCGUCUGUGUGAGAACCGGAAACACCUGGAUGGUGGGGUAACCCGAGCGGUGGACAGCGGAGCCAUGGGCAAGGGGAAAUCGAGCAUCCCGGACAGAUGGACUCAUUACCUACCUCUUGGAAAAAGGAUAUCUGGGACGCGCUUUAUUGCUUUCAAAGUUCCUCUUAAACAGAGUUUUGAAUGGAGACUUGCCCCAAAUGAGCGUUUUUCUCCAUUAGACCUUGUUAAUCAAAUUAGAGAGCAGAAAGAAGAACUUGGCUUGAUCAUUGAUUUAACAUAUACUGCUCGCUAUUAUGAGCCAGAGGAGCUACCAGAUAGACUGCAGCAUUGUAAGAUUAUGACAGUUGGACAUGAAAUACCAGAUAACGAGACAGUUGUUAAAUUCAAAAGUGUUGUGAAGCAGUUCUUGAUGGAGAACCAACAUAAUGAUAAACUUAUUGGAGUUCACUGCACGCAUGGCUUGAAUCGAACUGGUUACCUUGUUUGCAGGUACCUAAUUGAUGUUGAAGGAAUGGAUCCAAACAUGGCAAUAGAAUUGUUUAAUAGAUGCAGAGGGCAUUCUAUAGAGAGGAAGAACUAUAUCAGCGACCUUAGAAGAGGACCUGUCCACAGGAAUCAUCAUGCAGCUGACUCAGGAUAUGGUUGGAUGAAUAAAGGACACUUCAGACCUGCACACGACUCUGGUUUUCAAGCAGCUGACUAUAACCCACGAAAUGUGCAAGAGUUUGCAUUGCAACAUCAAAGGCACUUCCGUGGUAGAAGAGGAAGGGAUGGACAAAACUCAUACAGAAGACGUUCUAGUAAGAACCCAAUCAUCCCCACCUAUUACGACGAAGAUCAGUCUGCUUACGGUCCUUGGUAUCCCCCUGCAUCUGACACCAUCCAGCAAAGAUGGAGUCACAGUAGAAGACACGACAAGUGGUUUGAUUCACCUCACCAUCCCCAUUUGCAGCAAUAUGAAUCCUCUUUUCCAAUGCAAAACCCUCAUUAUCCUCUCCAGCAAGGAAGAUACAACACAGACAGACAUAACUUUUAUUGAUGGGAUUGCAGUUGGCAAAGAGGACAGUAAUGGAAGAACUACUCUUUCUUAUUUAUUAUUCAGUCAUCCAGUGGUAACCUGCUGGCUGUGUUAAAUCAUCGCUGGGUUGCUGCUGUAAAGCCAGAUGUCAUUUAGGUGAUAAGAGCAGUGAAAUAUUAAGUUGUCCCUAUGGGUUGAUCUUUUAAAAUAUGAAAUAAAGUAUAUUUGGGACAUACAUGCCACCCUGCUCGGGAAACUUUUUUUUUUGGAUAUUAUGUUUGAAAUGUAAUUGUGUUCAAUAAAGAUUAUCUUCCUAUACAACUCUUGAACAUUGUGCCACAACAUGUCCAGAAUAUGGAGCAGGUUUGGUUCUUGUUCUGAAAUAAUUUUUUUCCUCAUAACACAAAGAAUCCAGUUGGUAACCAGAGUACAGAAUUUGGUUCAUCUGUUACCACUGUAGCUCAAGAAAUUCUUCCUAUAAUGGCCAGUUCCUAGAAAAGAAGUAAUAACACUGUUGUGUCAGUCUGUUUCACAGAUUACUGAAGCAUGGGAGAUGGGUCCCAAGUCACAUGGAAGAAACUCUAAGCCUGCAUAAGUAAUUAUGAAUCAGGGCUGAAGAAUUCUUACAAGUUGGGUUUGGAUUUUCCAUAAGGAAAAAUUUGGAUAGAAAUCCUGUCACUCAUAUCUCCCCCACUCUUUUUGUGUGUAUUGCUUUGUUUGGUCUAGCAUCGUUUGAUUCACUUGUUUGGGACACCUAAAACUAAUUCCUUCUACACACUAUACUAUUCCUACCAUGAAGCAAAGUGAGAUAUCUUGGAUGCUAUUAAGACAGGGGUGGGCAAUUGUUUUGGCUCGGGGGCCACUUUGUGGGAGCAGAGGUUAGCGGAGAGCCGCACCUUUUAAAAUGAUUGCAUUCAUUAGUUAACUUUGCAUUUCAGAAAAGGUAUAAAUUGUAUCAUAAAAAUCAAUAAAUAUAAAUUAAAUAAAAUAGUGGUAGUUUUAUUCAAUUUAUUUAUUGUGCUAAUUUCAUAUCAUCUAUAGCUGCAAGCACAUCUAAUUCUAGAAUCAGUGUAAUGAGACAAAUGUAGGAAUGAAGGAAAUGAAGGAAAUCUCAGUUCAAGGCAGAUUUUUCUGACUGUCUUGGCGGGCCACAAACAACUCUGUAGCGGGCCGCAUGUGGCCUGCGGGCCGCAAUUUGCCCACCCCUGUAUUAAGCAGCAUGGAAGGCAGAAAGAUGUGACCUGGUUCAGUACCUGUGGGAAAUUCUGCUACACAAGCUUGAUUGAAAUAAAUCAAUGAGACUUAAGACUGUGCAGUCAAAUAAUAAAGAAUCUAAAUCCAACCAGAACAUCAUGUUUUUUUUUAAUACAACUUCCUGGAGCACAGUAAUUGCUAACAUUUAGUAACAAUUGCAAACAUUCUGAUCUACUAUAUUAGCUCCUUAUUGUCUGCUUUUGGUUCUCUAGGUAGCAUGAGGGGCAGUGUGUGUGGAGGGGGGACAAAUACUUCUGGUUGUACAAUAGCCAUAUCAGGUUCUUGUCAAUGCUGCUGGUGAACAGGAUGAUCACAACUGACAUUUCUGUUGCAUGAUGCUUCCACUUUUCCUGAUUGUUGAGCCGUCUCUGUGGCUGAAGAAAGGCUCUUUGUGCAUAAGCUUAACAGGAGAUGGUGCUUGUUAGGCAAGAGCAAAGCUUUGUUUGCUGUUUGUAUAAAUACAGGUAGACGCUGAAGUGACAUUUAACUCCUACUGAUAAUCAUGUCUGUCAUGGACAAAGACAAAAGCCAAUCCUAAACACCCCAAUCAGUAAUAAAAAUAGACCCCAUUGGACAAAAGGAGGUAAAUUUUGCUGACUCCCUACCUUACCCAACAUAAUUCUGACACCAGAAAAUUGCUGCUAUGAACCAAAGUACUGCAAUGAUGAUGGACAGGGAUUUUAAUUCCCCUUCAUCCAUGUGUUCUUUUUGGGGCUAAAGAUGCAUGUGCUAACGCACAAAGUCUCCAUAUCCUAGCAGGCAAAGAGCCGAAACUUGUAUGCAAUGUCAUCAUGUCUCUUUGGGCUUGUUCUGCAAGGUAGAUUUUUUUUAAAAAACCUAUUAAAUAGCAAUGUUUUCUCUUAUUUGUCUGCUACUUGGCUGGAGAAGGAUAGGUAGAGCAAGGGGCACAAUCCCUGAGAAAUACAUCUCAAUUGAAUCAGCAAAGUGGGCUAACCCCUGGGAAUAUUUUGUAUUAAAGCAAAUUGAAAGUAAUCCUGAUUUGAUAUGUACUAAUAUUACAGAUAUUAAUUACUAAUAUUAUGUACUAAUAUUACAGGAGCCCUGUGGCACAGAGUGGUAAGCUGCAGUACUGCAGCCCAAGCUCUGCUCAAGUCCUGAGUCUGAUUCUGGCAGAAGCUGGGAUCUGGUAGCCAGCUCAAGGUUGACUCAGCCUUCCCUCCUUCCGAGGUCAGUAAAAUGAGUACCCAGUUGCCUGGGGGUAAAGUGUAGAUGACUGGGGAAGGCUAUGGCAAACCACCCCAUAACAGAAGUCUGCCAAGAAAAAGUCGUGAUGCGAUGUCCCCCCCCCCCCAUGGGUAAGUAAUGACUCGGUGACUGGCUACUUUUACCUUUUAAUAUUACAGAAACUAAAUCAUUUUUAAGAAGCAAAAAUCAGAUUUUUUGGUCACCUCUGUAAGGCUUGUGUAGGAGAACUUUUGGAUGGAUUUGCUGCCCUGUAAAUGAGUGGGCACCCACUUCCUGUCUCUGAAAUAAAUUUUGUUUGCAAAUCGUGGUCUUAGUUUAGCAGCUGCGGCUUGAAGUAUACAAAUAUGCAAAUUAGACCAGUCGCUGUAAAUAUAAUAUGCAACCCUCAGGAAAAUGUGUGCUCAUGCAAGGGAAACUUUCUAAUUUGCCUUUUUUAGGCACUUGCUUAAAAAUAUUUUCCUUUAAGCCAAAGACCUAAAUUAAGGAGCAAAAAGGGGCAGCUCCCUAUGGGGGUAGGGGGUGGGGAAAGCAUGGCUUGUUCAGACUGUCAAUGCUGUGUGCUCCAGAGGCACUGGAAAACGCUCACCGGUCCCUGUAUGGCUUGGCACAAAUAUAAACUGGGGUCUUCCUCUACUGUAUUACGGUAUGUACUGUACAAGCAUAACAACAACUAGGGCAGAGAUUGUUCAUCAGCAAACAUGAAACUUCUUUAUCUGCUAUGUUACAGUCCACGAAAAGCAAAACAGAUUGAUUCAAUCUAGAUCACUUGUGAUCUAACGCAAAGUAUUUGUAAGAAAAAUGUCCAAUGUAAAUCUAUCGUAUGUGAUAUUUCCUAAACACGAGUACAGUAUGAUUUGAUAUUCAAGCAUAUUAUGUCUGCUUAGUGACAAGAAACUAAAACUUAACAGAUUUGUUUGGUGCUGCCUAUGCAGCAAGGACAUUAAGCAGCAUCAAUUACUUAAAGGUGGAAUUAGUAGUCCUAGUUUGUAGGCUAAGGCCCCAGAAUUUUCCAGAAGUAAGGGUUCUGGGCAGAACAGUAUUUUUUGUGACAUGGAGAGUCAAUAGCCAUGCUAUCUGUUUGCUAACUAUAACCUAGUAACUUGUUACAACCCUUGAGGUUUUCUUUUGCAUAAUAAA